AGGGAGGGAGAGAAGGGAGGGGAAAGGAAAGAACAGGGAAUGGACCAGCUGCACUGUGUCAGUGCUGAUCUGAGAGGCUGCAGGCAGCAUGAGCAUGAAUGACACCGUCUUCAAGCGAUAGCAGCAUAGGUGCAGUUGCUUCUAAGCAUGAUGAGCACCCAGGUGUGCUUCCUCUUCUUUAUUGGGAAUUUAUUCUCACUACGGCUUUCACUUUGCCAAGAGCUCCAGCGUGAAGCUGACACCAAUCAGAGCUUGAAACAUAUACCACCCGGUGACCUUUCUGGAAACCAUGCACUGAAUCUGUCCCACAAACUUUUCCAGUUUAUCCAAUCAGACAUCAAGAACAUGACUCAACUUAAAGUUCUGGAUGCAGUUCUGAAAAAGCAUGUGGGUCCACUCUCUACAGUCCAAAAACUUGACCUGUCUGGAAACGGCCUUUACACAGACAUGAUCGACUACCUUCUGAGAGAUGCUCCUGCUCUUACCAACCUUUCUUUAAAUGAAAAUAGCAUAACAAAAUUAGCCAAUAGCACCUUCAGUGGCUGCCAAUCACUAAGAAACAUCGAUUUACAUAACAAUGUCAUUCUGGAGAUUGAGGAGGGCACAUUUGAUUCUCUGCUAAAUCUGACUGAACUGGAUUUAUCAGUGAAUUCAAUCUCAUGCAUUACUGAUUUUAACCUGUUCCAGCUGAGAUCACUAAACCUAAGCAAAAACAGCAUGAACUCCUUCCAGACCAUUGACUCAGACCAAGAGUUUGAGUUGCUCUACCUGGACCUUAAGGAGAAUAAGAUGCACUACUUUCCUGUCCUUCCCAGGUGGAAUAAAAUCAUCUAUCUAGACCUUUCACGAAACCAGCUGCAUAGCCUGAACAGCACAGGUCCUGAUGAUGAGCUCCAGUAUCUGAGGGACAUAGAAGAACUGACUCUGACUCCACUCUACAGCAGCAAAACCCACCAGUUGCUUCCUAGACUUCUGUACUUAGAUCUGAGCUAUAACCAGUUCAAGGCUGUGCCUUCUGAUUUCUUCACCAGCUUGGUGGCUUUAGAUACCCUUAAUAUUAGCAAUAACUGUCUGGAGAGCUUCCUCGUGGACACUGACAGUCCUCUGAAUGCUUUAAAAACCCUCGACCUGAGCUUUAACAACCUGCAGAACCUGACUUUUAAGGAGAAAACGCUGUUGGCACUGGAGACACUCUACCUGCAGGGCAACAUUCUCAGUAUAUUAGACCCUGAAAUCUUUAAUCUACCCCAGAUCACCAACCUGCAUCUUCAGUCUAAUGAGCUGAGCGUCUGUGAUCCACUCCAAAAUCAAACGAGCGAUUGUGUCUCUCUCUAUUCUAUCCGCACCCUGCGAUACCUUUAUAUGUCUGAGAACAAACUGACUUUUUUGCCUGCACAUGCUUUCAUUGGAAGCCCAUUGCUAAUCUUGGACAUAUCUCUGAACCCUAACAUGAAAAUCAGUGAACAGGCCCUAGCAGGCUUAGAGAGAACCCUUACACACCUCUACUUGAGAGGAAACCAUCUUAAAAAACUUAACAUCAGCCUCUCAGCCCUACACAGCUUAAAGGUUUUGGAUUUGCCUGAUAACCAGUUAGAUGGCCUGUUUCUGGGUGAGAGAGCCACUGCCAUUGAAAUUCUGAAUCUGCAGAACAACAACGUCAAGGUUCUGGACGCUGGCACAGUGUUGGCUUUAAAAAAGACACUUAAAACUCUCUCUCUUGCCUCAAAUCCACUCAUUUGCUGUGAAAACAUGCAUCUGAUCAGCCUAGUGCAGCAGGCCCAUGUGGACAUUGACAGUGCCAUGUGCCAAUACACAAAGGAUGUUGGGUAUGGGGAAAUCAACCUCAGAGAUGUGAAAUCAGAACAUUGUGAAACUCUAAACAGCAAAGUGCUUUUAAUUGCCAUGAUAUCUGUACUAGUUUUGGGACUGAUGAUUGUUUUGUUAGUGGCUAUAAAGCUGUGCCACUCAAAAAGUCACAGAUUCAGCAACAGUUACAAGGCUUAACAUUUUUAGAGGGUGAAAGCAAGAAAUAUAUAUACUAUACUAUUAUCAGAUGUGGGUAUUGGCCUACAAGACCUUACAUCUGGAUGACUUAAUCAGUUCACCCCAUCAGGUAGAAUAAACCAAUUAUAAAGACUGGGAGGCAGAGAGAUGGAAAAUAACCUUACAUGGAAGCAGUGACAUAAGUGACUGGUAUCACAUGAGUUCAGCAGAAGGUCCCUCUACAUUGAGGUACUGAAAAUAUGGAAUAUGUGUGAUGGGGAACUGGCUAAAAUGGUUUUCACCAAGUUUAAACACUAAGUUCUAUUUUAAGGCUGCACACAGAAAUGUGCAAUUUAACAGCAGAACAGAAAAGCGAAGUUGAGAAGGCACAUAAAUCCUAGACAAUUGUCAUGAAGAAGAAAGGUUCAGUAUAAGAACAGGGAACAUAAAGGUCAGACAGAUAGAUCAGAUAGAAGAUAAUUUUAAUAAAAAAUCAUUAUUAUCAUAUAAUGUAUCAAUGACAGACACUGAAGAUAUGAAGGACCAUCAUUGUUAUUACUUAGUUUUGCAUACCUAAAAUAUUUCAGUAAUUUUAAAAGGUCACUACAUUUCCCCAGCAUUGUCAAAAAACUAUUUAUUUGCACUUUAUGGAAUAUGAAUGUGACAAAUGAAAGAUGUGUAAUAAACAAUGUGUACAUACUGUAUUUAAGUAAAUUUAAAGCAAGCUAAGAAAUAGUAUUCAAUCAAACACUAUAACAGUUGCACCUACUACAGUUCUACAAAGGGGUAUAAUCACAGAAUAAGGCUAGAUUUGAAAACUAAACAAGAUCUUUGCCAGUCACAAUUUAGUUGAUUGCAGUUCUCAGAGUUAGCUAGCUAAACCAUGUUAUCAUCUUUAAAUCUCUAGUGGGAUUCAGUGCACUCGUGAAGUUACCAUAGCCUUAAGUUAACUUGCUAAUAAACAAAUUCAGCUUUGUAAAAUGCCCUCCGGGCAUGAUUU